UGACGCCUCUGGCGUGUGGCUGGCUAGCGGUGGAUCGAAGUGGACGCAACUUCCACAGGACGGGGCGGCCGUCGCUGCCUUGCGGAGGAGGAGGAGGGGGACCAGCAGCCAGCUCGCUGAUUCCGUUCUCGCCCUUCUCAGAUUCAGCCUUCUUGCCUCGCCCGGGGUCGGUGCGGAGAGCAUGAAAGUUCCGCCUUCGCCGCAGCCCCGACCCUGCGGCUCUAGCCGCUUCCUGCUUCCCCUGAUCAGGAGGAGCGGCCGCUGUUGCUCACUGCGGUGAGAGGCGGUGGGGUGGCCGGCGGCGCCCGAAGUCGGAGAGGCACCGGCGGUAUCUCCGGCAUUUUUUUGUCCGACCGUGAGGGAACGCUCCUAGCCUUCCAUCUGCUGAAGUGCCUCGCCGUCCCUGCUGUCGAGCCUCGGGAGGUUUGGAAAAGUGGGAGCCGAGGUGACAUCGCCACCUUCACUUACCUCGUCCAACUAAACCUUCCAUACUUUCUUCCCCCACAGCUUGCAUUGCAACAGCAGUCCCCGGAUACUUUAUACGGAAUUUGUAUGUUUGGGCUCAUAAUGACUUAAUGUUUUGCUUCCUCGAAGACUGGUGUUUUACCGCCUGGAAUUUAUCUUUUGCGACGGAAGGCAGGCAAGAAAUUCUCCCCCUCCCUUCUGAUGGGCAGAAAACUUUCCUGAAUCCCUUUCAUUACAGUUUCUUGGGAAGUUUGCGAUCCCCUUUCAUUAGAGACACAGAUUACAGUUUUAUCAGGUUCGGUAAAGUUUGCAUCUAAUAAACAAUGGAGCAUGGCAAGAUGGAUUAUUUCUGUGACCAGGUACAACAAAAGGAUGUGGGCCGCAGGUUGCAAGUUGGCCAGGAAUUUCUGGAAUAUUUGAAUGAUCCCAGCAUUUCUACUGAUCUUGAGCAGGAUCAGCAGCGCCUUGAUAAAGUGAUUGAUGAAUUGACAGGAUGGGUUAACUCCAGUAAUUAUAAGGUGUCAUUACUUGGAUUAGAACUUCUAGGUGCCUUUGGUGACAGAUUAUUAGGACGUUUCAGAGCCUAUGUAGGAACUGUUCUUAUAGUGUUGAUGGAUCGAAUGGGAGAUGCCAAAGACCAAGUUCGAGAACAGGCACAGAAUCUUAUUUUGAAGUUAAUGGACCAAGUAGCUCCACCAAUGUUCAUUUGGGAACGGCUCGCUGCUGGCUUUAAACACAAGAACUAUCGUUCACGAGAAGGCGUGUGUCUAUGUCUUGUUGCAACAUUAAACGCCUAUGGUGCACACUCACUAAUUCUCAGCAAACUGGUGCCACACUUGUGUGUUUUGUCUGGAGACUCCAAUAGCCAGGUGAGAGAUGCUGCAAUAUUGGCAAUUGUGGAGAUUUAUAGACAUGUAGGAGAAAAAGUAAGAGCAGACCUUAAUAAGAGAGGAAUUCCUGCUGCAAGAUUACAAACAAUAUUUAUGAAAUUUGAUGAAGUAAGAAACAGCGGCAGUAUGAUUUCAAGCAGUGUAAGUGAUAAAAGCUUUGAUGAUGAAGAAUCAGUGGAUGGAAAUAGGCCAUCUGCAGCUGCCUCAGGUUUCAAGGUUCCUGCACCUAAAAAACCUGGAAAUCCUUCAAAUACAACAAGAAAACCAGGAUCUGCUGGUGGGCCUAAGGUUGCAGGCACUACCAAGGAAGGAGGAGCUGGUGCUGUUGAUGAAGAUGAUUUUAUAAAGGCAUUUACGGAUGUUCCUACUGUACAGAUCUAUUCUAGUCGUGAACUUGAAGAAACACUAAAUAAAAUCAGGGAAAUCUUGUCAGAUGAUAAACAUGAUUGGGAUCAGCGCACCAAUGCGCUUAAGAAGGUCCGGUCAUUACUUGUUGCUGGAGCUGCACAGUAUGAUGGCUUUUUCCAGCAUUUACGACUACUGGAUGGAGCAUUUAAAUUAUCUGCUAAAGAUCUCAGAUCACAGGUGGUUAGAGAAGCAUGCAUCACAGUAGCCCAUCUUUCAACAGUUCUUGGAAACAAGUUUGACCAUGGAGCAGAAGCCAUUGUGCCUACUCUAUUUAACCUGGUCCCUAAUAGCGCCAAAGUAAUGGCUACUUCUGGGUGUGCAGCCAUUAGAUUUAUUAUCCGCCAUACACACGUGCCGAGACUCAUACCUUUAAUAACCAGCAACUGUACCUCAAAAUCUGUGGCAGUAAGAAGGCGCUCUUUUGAAUUUCUAGACCUAUUGUUGCAGGAGUGGCAAACCCAUUCUUUGGAAAGGCAUGCAGCUGUUCUGGUUGAAACUAUCAAGAAGGGCAUUCAUGAUGCUGAUGCUGAGGCAAGAGUGGAGGCAAGAAAGACUUAUCUAGGCCUAAGAAAUCAUUUUCCUGGUGAGGCAGAAGUUCUGUAUAAUAGUCUUGAACCAUCCUAUCAAAGAAGUCUCCAGACUUACCUAAAGAAUUCUGGUAGCAUUGCAUCACUUCCACAAUCAGACAGGUCAUCCUCCAGCUCACAAGAAAGUCUCAAUCGUCCCUUCUCUUCAAAAUGGUCCACCUCCAGUUCUGCAAGUAUGGCUGGCAGAGCAUCAAGUGGCAGCAAGGCUGCUCCAAGCCCAGGAACACUGCAGAGGUCUCGCAGUGACAUUGAUGUUAAUGCUGCCGCUGGGGCAAAGGCACGUCACGCUAUUGGUCAGCCAGCAGGAGCUGGUCGCUUAGCAACAGUUGGUCUACCUCCGGGAUCAUAUGCUUCACUAGAGGAUACUUCUGAUAAGACGGAUGGAACAGCUUCUGAAGAUGGACGCGUGCGAACCAAGCUUUCAACACCCUCUAUUGGAAUGGGAAACGCAAAGACAGAUUCCAGAGGCCGGAGUCGAACAAAAGUUGUAUCUCAGUCUCAACGUUCAUCAUCGCCAGACAAAAAUGAAGCUGGAAGCCGUUCUGGUUCUCCUGGAAGAGUUUUGACUACAACUACACUCUCAACUAUGAAUACAGGUGUUCAGAGAGUAUUAGUCAGCCCUGCAACAGCACAAAAGCGGAGCAAGAUUCCUCGAAGCCAAGGAUGCAGCAGAGAAGCCAGUCCUUCAAGAUUGUCAGUUGCUCGAGGUAGUCGUAUUCCUCGGCCUAGUGUGAGUCAGGGGUGCAGUCGGGAAGCCAGUCGUGAAAGUAGCAGGGAUACAAGCCCUGUCCGCUCUUUUGCACCCCUUGCUUCCAGGCAUCACUCCAGAUCUACUGGUGCUCUCUACUCUCCAGAUGUUUAUGGGGCUACAGGAACAGGUUUUGGAAUAAGUCAAUCAAGCCGAUUAUCUUCAUCAGUUAGUGCCAUGCGUGUCUUAAACACAGGCUCAGAUGUUGAAGAAGCAGUAGCAGAUGCAUUGCUCUUAGGAGACAUACGGACAAAGAAAAAGCCAGUUCGAAGGAGGUAUGAAUCAUAUGGAAUGUACUCUGAUGAUGAUGCUAACAGUGAUGCUUCCAGUGCCUGCUCAGAAAGAUCAUAUAGCUCACGGAAUGGCACUAUACCCACCUAUAUGCGACAGACAGAAGAUGUCGCUGAAGUCCUUAACCGCUGUGCAAGCUCCAACUGGUCAGAGAGAAAAGAAGGUCUUCUUGGUCUACAAAAUUUAUUAAAAAAUCAGAGAACAUUAAGUCGUGUUGAAUUAAAAAGGUUGUGUGAAAUCUUCACAAGGAUGUUUGCUGAUCCUCAUAGCAAGGUGUUCAGCAUGUUUUUGGAAACUUUAGUAGAUUUCAUCCAAGUCCAUAAAGAAGACCUACAGGACUGGCUAUUUGUGUUGCUGACACAACUUCUGAAAAAAAUGGGUGCUGACUUGUUGGGAUCUGUGCAAGCAAAAGUUCAGAAGGCAUUAGAUGUGACGAGGGAAUCAUUUCCAAAUGAUCUUCAGUUCAGUAUUUUAAUGCGGUUUACUGUUGACCAGACCCAAACACCAAGUCUGAAGACAGUCAAGCCAGCACUGCAGGACCAGCUUCGCUCUUUUUGGAGCUCCAAGGUAAAAGUUGCAAUCCUUAAAUACAUAGAGACCCUUGCACAACAAAUGGACCCAGGAGAUUUUGUAAAUUCAAGUGAAACUCGUCUGGCUGUAUCUCGAAUUAUCACUUGGACAACAGAACCUAAAAGUUCAGAUGUUAGGAAGGCUGCACAAUCAGUGCUGAUUUCCCUUUUUGAACUCAAUACCCCUGAGUUUACAAUGCUGUUGGGUGCUUUACCAAAAACAUUUCAAGAUGGUGCGACAAAGUUGCUUCACAGUCACCUCCGGAAUGCAGGCAAUGGUGGACAGGGCUCCAUGGGAAGCCCUUUAACAAGGCCUGUUCCACGCUCACCAGCUAGUUGGUCUAGCCCCAUCACUUCACCAACCAAUACAUCCCAAAACACAUUAUCUCCAAGUGCAUUUGAUUACGAUUCUGAAAAUAUGAAUUCAGAAGAUAUAUAUAGUUCUCUCCGUGGAGUGACUGAAGCAAUUCAGAACUUUAGCUUCCGCAGUCAGGAAGAUAUGAAUGAACCUAUGAAACGGGAUUCAAAAAAAGAAGAUGGUGAUUCAAUUUGCAGUGGGUCUGGAAUAGUAGAUCUACGAACAGGAGGUGGUGUGACUGAAACAGGCCGAACAGCUCUUGACAACAAAACUUCAUUACUUAACACUAUGCCACCUCAUUCCUCCCCACGGUCACGUGAUUAUAAUCCAUACAAUUAUUCUGAUAGUGUUGGUUCUUUUAAUAAAUCAGCUUUAAAAGAGGCUAUGUUUGAUGAUGAUGCAGAUCAGUUUCCUGACGAACCUUCCCUAGACCAUUCUGAUCUAGUUGCAGAAUUGCUAAAGGAAUUAUCAAAUCAUAAUGAGAGAGCUGAAGAACGGAAAGCUGCUCUUUAUGAGCUAAUGAAAUUGACUCAGGAAGAGUCUUUUGGGGUUUGGGAUGAGCACUUCAAAACAAUUCUUCUUUUGUUACUUGAAACUCUUGGAGACAAAGAGCAUGCAAUUAGAGCCCUGGCACUGAAAGUCUUAAGAGAGAUUCUAAGACAUCAACCAGCAAGAUUUAGAAAUUAUGCAGAACUCACAAUAAUGAAGACUUUAGAAGCUCAUAAGGACCCUCAUAAGGAGGUGGUAAGAUCAGCUGAAGAGGCUGCUACUAUGCUGGCCACAUCUAUUAGUCCAGAUCAGUGCAUCAAAGUACUUUGUCCCAUUAUUCAAACAGCAGAUUACCCUAUAAAUCUGGCUGCAAUCAAAAUGCAGACCAAAGUGAUAGAAAGAGUACCUAAAGAAACUCUUGCUCAGCUGUUGCCAGAGAUAGUACCAGGUUUAAUACAGGGUUAUGACAACUCUGAAAGCAGCGUUCGAAAGGCCUGUGUUUUCUGUCUUGUAGCUAUUCAUGCAGUAAUUGGUGAUGAGCUGAAGCCACAUCUUAGUCAACUCACUGGCAGCAAAAUGAAAUUGUUGAAUCUUUACAUCAAGCGUGCACAAACAGGAUCUGGAGCAGGUGAUGGAUCAGCAGAUGUUCCUGGACAAAGCUAGUAAUUCUGAAACCCACCUAUUAAGUCUGUAAGAGGAAAGACACAUCAGUAAAAGGAAAAUUCUCAAAUACAUUUUUUGGAACUCCUCUCUCUCUCUCUCUCUCUCUCUCUCUCUCUAAUUUCCCCUUAACAGAGGGCUGCUCUCAGCCUGCAUGUAACUGUUCCAGUAAUUCCAUAUCCAAGGAAAAACAGUAUUAAUAUCACUUGACUGAAGCAAAAUAUUUUUUUUAAAUCUAACCCAUCAUGUUUUCUGUUUGCAUUCCUCUGUGUGUCUUCCCAUUGAUUUUUAUCAGUGUUACUGUACAUUUUUCUUUUUUUUUAAAAAACUAAUUAAACAGGAAUGCUUUAAGCUUUAAAAGCUACAGUCUAAAUUUCCUCAUUUCUACUCAACUGCAAAGUAACACGACUCUUCAUUGCCGUUUUUAAGUACCAUUUUCAGCGGGCGGGUGCUUCUGCUUUGAUGCACAAAGUGGCAAGAGAGAUGAACAUCGAUUCUGGAUUGAGCUGAACUGCAACUAGACCAGUCUCUAUACUGAAGGUGCAUCCUCAUAUAUAUUGUCACAAUGCCAAUAGCAGGAGCAGAAAGCGGUGUCCAUAAAGCUUGAUUGAUCAGCUGUUGGCCGUAUAAAUAAAAAUUCAGUGCAGAUUAGGAGGACAAUUCAGUUAGUGCCUCCUAUAUGGAAGACAGUCUACACAGAAUAUAGUGUUGCAAAACUGGGAUGGUGUGGCAUCCUGCUUGCCUAGCAUCAGGUUAAGUAAAACCACGUAAUGGAUAUGAACCACCUGUAUUAUCAUCUUCAAGCAAGAUGGUUCAGAGUAGAGUGCUUUGUAUAAGCAUGCUCAGUAUGUCUGUUUAUCUUUGUCACUAGAAUACUGUCUCUCAACCUAAUUACUGAAACCAGUACUUUUGUCAGUCUCAGUCACAUAAGGGUAUAUGACAGCACUGCAGAAAACUUUUCAGCAAUGACAUGUUGCAAGAAUGGAGAUUUCUGCACUGAUUCCUUUAAGGGGGUGGGGACGGGGGAGAAUCAUAAGCACUACAAAUCUUGACACCAUUGGUUUGGGAGUUUAAUUUGAAUUGGAAAGUGGCCCCAAAUUCAUUGCAUGGUUUUCUUGAAGUGGUGUUAUUACAACCAUCUGGACUAAGAUACGGAAAUGUUUUCAGGUUGUUUCUGUAACCUUUUAAAAAACUUUAUUGUGAAUAAUGCAUCUUUGUAUUUAUGGAAUUAAUAUUGAAAGAGAGAAUGAAACUCAAUUUACUUCUGUUUCUCAGAUGUAAACAUCAGGAUUCUUAACUGGGACAUGGGAGUAAGAACAGCACCCUUCUCACAAUGGCUAGAAUGUAGAUUUUGUGACUCUGUGUCGCAUUAUCUAGUUUUAGGGAUUGUGUAUUUACAGGAGAGAUUAUAGCAGUGCCAAGGAUGAUGUGUUUCUCUGCUAGACUAAGAUUCUCUCUACCUCUUCAGGGUGAAUACUUUUGACUAAGCUGCUAUCCAUAAUGUCUUGUGAAAAACAUUGUCUAUAAAAUAAUUAUUUUUAUUUUAUUUUUUGUUCCUUUGCUAUUAUGUGUUAAGAAUCUAAUACUUUAACAUGCAGCCAAAUACCAUUUUUAUAAGAACUUAUGUCACAAUUUGCUUAUUACUUUGAAAUAAACUGAACACUUGCAGUUAUCUAAUAAGUUACUUUGACUUUUAUCAGAAAUUAUUCUGACUGGGAAAGAUAAAAUGUAGUUACUGAAGAUGCAAUUUGCUGUUGCAGAAAGCUGUCUGUCGGGAAAUACUUUAGAUAUAAUGUAAGGGGAAAAAACUAACAAUUAUUCAUCACUGGCUUUUUUUAGCAGCUGCAGAUCAGGAAAAUAGUCUUUUCUUCCUCAUUCCCUUAUGUGUAACAUUCUUGUUUUCUACUGUUCUAUUAUAGUUCUCUGAUUACCAUUGUGCAUAUACAGGCAAUAAAGUGUACAUAGCAUUACUUGAAAAAUUAAAUUUUGUAUCCAUC